GUGGGGUUGCCUACUUUUUUGUUGCUGGAUAUGCAUGUCUUUGGAAUUAUGUAGUAUUACCAUAUUGAAUCAGUAGUUUAUCCUGCCAACUUGAAAGGCACUGAAUGAAUCACAGUAGAGAGCAUGCUCACAGUCAGGACAUUGCCCCCUCAGAAAAAAAAAAGAAGAAGAAAAAAAAAGGUUACACCCAGAAGUAAAUCUUCAGAUAUAAAUACUGAAAACAAAUCCAAUAAAAUGCUUGCCCUGCAUCCUUCAUCCUAAUUCUAAAUCAAUAGCUGUGUUUAAAUAUGUUUAGUUGUAGUAAACCUGUCUUUGGUUUUCGUUCAGGGCUUUAAGAAAGUGCUGCAAAAUACCAGCCAUAGUUCAGAGGGGAAACAUCUUUUCUUAGGAAUGUUCAUCAACAGCAGGAAGUACACGGGAGAAGCUUGCACACAUAUGGGUUUUUUUGGGAUAUUUCUUUGCAGCAGUAUGAAAAGGUCAGAUUGUUUCUUCUUCCCCCAUGCAGCUAGUCUUAGCACCCAGGAUUUUCUGGGCUUGGACUCCUGACAAGCAGAGAAGGCGCAAUGCCAUUGCUUUCAGCCUGACUGCAGGAAUGCUCCUGAUAUUUCUCCUGACCUCUUCUCCUAGAUUUUUGUCGAGGAGGUCACAUCUGUGUUUAACUGAUGGCUUCCUUCUCUUUCCCAGACAUGGUCAAGCCCCUGCCAGAGGGCUUGUUGCUGUCACAGUGUCUCGGCUGAUGGUGUGGAGGAAAUGGAGAAGCAUCAACAUGCAGUCAUGCUGUGCUGUGGCUUGGCUCUUUGGUGUAGGGCAGUUAGCUUCAGCAGGUGCUGGCUGCUGGCACUGUGCACAGAGACGCUGUAGGCCUCAAGUUGUCCUUGCAUGUGACCAUGUGCACAAGAAGUGUUUUCCUGUGCAGAUAGUGAGGCACAGAUUGCCAAGUCUUGCCUUAUUGCCACACUUGUCCCUGGAGUGUCACCCCGUCCUGACAUCUGUAGCCUUUUGAAGAAAAUACAACAAAAUUAUUUUCCGGCUGAUAUGAAUAAUAACAUUUAUUAGUACUUCUCUGUCUACUUUUCCUCUAAUUAUAAUGCACUGUUACUCCAGGAGCCACAAUUGUGAACUAAUAGUUCAGUAGGUGGCUUUGAUUUCAGACAGAGAGGACAGGAAAGGUGUCAGAUGCAUAUUGUUAAUCUGCAUGUAGGUUCAAACUUCUUUUCCUUUUAUUUCAAUCAGAAAAAAUCUUUAUAUUUCAGAGGAGCAGAUUCAUGCUAUAAUUUGCAUCACAGAUUUUAUUUAUUUUUUUUUUUUAAACCAAAUGCUGGAACUAUUAGAUCAAGUUAAUAAAACUUCUUUCAAAAUAAACAAACAAUAACACUUUCGCUCCUUCAGUAUUAGGUUUCAAUUGAAAUAAAUGUUAGCAGUGAAGUUCAGUAAUUCUCAAGCAAGAGGAUGUUUGUCUAGCCCUAACAAUAACUUAAGAGGCAGGAAAAUGCUGUAGCAGAUGGCCAGUUUUUGUGACAGUAACCUGUCAACUCUGUGGUGGUGUUUAUGCUUUCUCUACCUGGAAUUACAUCAUUCCAGAAACAAGAUUUACUUAGAUCUUCUAGCUCAGUUUCACAGCAGAAUGUGAUACAUUAAAACCCUUUUGAAAUAUUUGACAUUCUGAUAGGUUUCUUGUAGGUCACACUUCCUGCAAAUCUCAUCCUGAAAUUUGCAAAUGUAAUUAGUAAGGUACUCAUUAAUGAGUGAAGGAUCAAAAGGUGGGACGGUGGCCAAGAAGCAAUGGAGAAUAAAAGUUUAGAAGGUUCCCCAUCAGACCUAAAGUUAGUGGCUCACCCGAGAGCAAAGAGUAAAGUGUGGAAGUACUUUGGGUUUGAUACCAAUGCGGAAGGAUGCAUAUUACAGUGGAAGAAGAUCUACUGCCGUAUUUGUAUGGCACAGAUCGCCUAUUCAGGAAACACGUCCAACCUUUCCUACCACCUUGAGAAAAACCACCCUGACGAAUUCUGCGAAUUUGUGAAAAGCAACACUGAGCAGAUGAGGGAAGCCUUUGCCACCGCAUUCUCAAAAAUCAAGCCGGAGUCAUCACAGCAGGUUGUUCAAGAUAGCCUCAUCAUGAAGACCUACCAGAACUACGAAAACAAAAAGCAUCAGGAACUGACAUCUGCUGUCAUCAGCUUAAUUUGCGAGGGCAUGUAUCCUGCCUCCAUUGUUGAUGAACCCACCUUCAAGGCCCUCUUGAGAACAGCGGACCCCAGAUAUGAACUUCCGAGCCGGAAGUACUUCUGUACAAAAGCUAUUCCUGAAAAGUACAAUGCCAUUAGAGAAAUUGUGCUGAAAGAGCUCACCGAGGUUCUGUGGUGCGGCAUAUCUUCAGACAUGUGGAGGAGCGAAAACCAGAACAGGUCGUACGUAACCAUCGCUGUUCACUUUCUCAGCAGCAGUCCUGCCAACUGCCUCAUGGUGAACUCACGGUGUUUAAAAACAUUUGAAGUCCCAGAGGAUAAUACUGCAGAGACUAUUACACGAGUCCUUUAUGAAACGUUCAUUGAGUGGGGGAUCAAUACAAAAGUCUUUGGUGCUACAACUGAUUACAGUAAAGACAUUGUGAAAGCUUGCUCUCUCCUAGAUAUUCCUGUACAGAUGCCUUGUUUGGGGCACACUUUUAACGCAGGAAUACAACAAGCUUUUCAGCUCCCCAAACUUUGCAGCCUUCUUACCAGGUGCCGAAAACUGGUGGAGUAUUUUCAGCAGUCUACAGUUGCAAUGUACAUGCUGAGCGAGAAGCAGAAGCAGCAGAACAUCCUCCACUGCAUGCUGGUAAGUGACCGUGUUUCCUGGUGGGGAAGCACACUCGCGAUGCUGCAGCGCCUCAAGGAGCAGCAGUUUGUCAUUGCAGCUGUUCUUGUGGAGGACAGCAACAACCACCACCUCAUGCUGGAAGCCAGUGAGUGGAAUACAAUCGAAGGGCUAGUAGAGCUGCUGCAGCCUUUCAAGCAAGUUGCAGAAAUGAUGUCUGCCUCAAAGUACCCUACAAUCAGUAUGGUGAAGCCACUUCUCCACAUGCUUUUAAAUACUACUUUGAACAUCAAAGAGAACGAUUUGAAAGAAAUCAGCAUGGCAAAGGAGGUGAUUGCUAAAGAGUUGUCAACCACCUACCAGCACACGCCCGAGAUAGACAUGUUUCUCAACGUUGCAACUUUCUUGGAUCCCCGCUACAAAAAACUGCCUUUUCUUUCAGCCUUUGAGCGGCAGCAGGUUGAAAACAGAGUGGUGGAAGAAGCAAAAAGCCUGCUGGAGAAAGUAAAAGAAAAUACUUUUAGGACAGAAGAUAAAUUCUUUACUGUUUCAGAAGAGCCCCCUAUGAAAAAACUAAUAAUCUCCUCUACUCCUCCUCCUACCAGUGUUAUCAACAACAUGCUUGCAGAGAUCUUCUGCCAGACAGGAGGCGUGGAAGACCAGGAGGAAUGGCAUGCUCAGAUCAUUGAGGAGUUGAGCAACUUUAAGUCACAAAAGGUCCUCGGUUUGAACGAAGACCCACUGAAGUGGUGGUCUGACAGACUAGCUCUGUUUCCAGUUUUACCAAAGGUUCUUCAAAAAUACUGGUGUAUUAUGGCCACAAGGGUGUUCCCUGAACGCCUUUUCGGUUCUUCUGCUAAUGUUGUAAGUGCAAAGAGAAACCGAUUAGCCCCUGCUCAUGUGGAUGAGCAGGUCUUUUUGUAUGAAAACAGUCGGAAUGGGUCCGAGGCAGAACCGGAGGAUGAAGAUGAAGGAGAGUGGGGUUUGGAACAGGAACAGAUUUUUAAUUUAAAUGACUCGGUAAAUGUAAACAAUAAUUUCUUUAAUAUCCGAGACAGUGGGUUUGUUUAACAGGACUGUUGCGGUACAUUUAAUAACAAAGAGGAAAGGUAUUUGUCUUAAGUUACCAAAAAUCCUUUUGUUUUAUGCUAUGAAUGCUGUAAAUAUUGAAGAGUUGUAGCAAGCUUGAUUUAGCUUCCAUUGUCUAUGUUUUCCCACUGUCUUAAAAGAUGAAUGACUUGUGAUUAAACAGCAGCAAAAUGAAUGAGGAAAUAAAUUCUACAAAGACCAUGA